AUGGCCGGCUUCAUCUGCCGCGAAAUCACAACGCAUGGAGAUUAUGCAGAUAACCUGGCUAGCGCAAUCCAAGGUCUGUUCUACAGCGCAACCCCUAUCUUCACUGUCCCGUUAUACAUAUUUCUCAUCCGCCUGUUCGCCACAGGUCCAACGCCUGCCUGGUUUCGGCCACAGCUGUACACCAUCAUCAUGACAGGAUUCAAUUCGGCCGUCAUCACGUGUACAGCGCAAGGAGCCGCGACGUACUUCAAUCCCGACCAGACAGACGGAGCGGUCAAAUCGGGCCUUGCACUGAUCAAAGCCAGUCUCUUUCUUCAGCUUUUCAUGAACACGGUAUUCAUAUACCUUCUCUGGACGACACGAACUCAGCAACAGACUCGCGAACACACAGUCACGACAACCGUACUUUUGGUCUUGAUCUGUCUCGUCAUCGUCCGCAACAUAUUCCGCACUGUUCAGAUUUUCGCAUCGCCUUUGUCUCAGCUGUGGAUGAAGGAAGUAUACUUUUGGAUUUUUGAAGCAUGCAUCAUGCUGGUUUUCACCACCUUGUUUCAUGUUAUGCAUCCUGCAAAAAUCCUGGGGACAAAUUGCGCUGAAGAGAACAGCGGCAGACGGGAUAGCUAG